AUGAUAUUUAAAUAGAAAAAAGAUAAGAUAAAAGUAUAAAAAGAAAUAAAUUUAUUUAACAAAAGGAAAAACAUAUAAAAAUAAAAAAAGAAAUAGUAAUUCUUAAAUAUAAAAUGUAGUGAGCUAAAGUUAUGAGUAAUGGAAGCUUGAUU